GCGAGCGAAACAAGCGUGGGCGUGCGAGGAGAUCCCGGCCGAGAGCGUGGUUGCUGCAAGACCCCGGGAGGACGAGACCGAGCGAGGAGAAGCUGUCGAACCUCUGGACUUCCGAGAGGAGAGCAUCGCCGCCGCACGAAACAAAGGCAAUUUGCCUACCGGGGUGAAACCCGAAAGAAAACUGACCGUGUCCAGCACAAUACCGAUGCCAUCGCCAUCGAUAGGCACGAGGGCUAUGGCGCCUAUGCCGUCGCCAUCAAAGAACACAAGGGCUACGGCGCGGAUGCCAUCGUCAUCAAAAAACACAAGGGCUACGACGCCGAUGGCCUCGCCAUCAAAGUGUAUAAGCGCUGCCGUCAUUAACGAGCAUGACACCGACUUUGUUACCAUCGUUGAAAAAGAAGACGACAGCAUCGACACCGUCGCCGCCACCAAGUACAAGAACGACGACAACAUCAUCGAAUGCAAGGAUGGCGGAAACGCAAAUCAAAAGGUAAAUAAACGCAUUAAUAAAGUUGUGCAACGGGCAUUUCAACGAGAAAGAAAGAAGCGAAAUAUGCGGACGAAUAGAUAUACGUUCAACCCAACAAAGUAUGGAUCUGCGCCUUCUACAUCUGCAUAUGUGCUACAUCACAUGUUCUACAUCACACAUAUGCUAUACCUGGAUAUAUAUACGUGCCUCUCACAUAUUCAUAUGUGGCCGUAUCUCCGACAUUUGCUUAUGUUCCUGCUACACCCGCAUAUAUACGCGAGCCUCCGACAUAUGUGCCUUCUACAUCUGCAUAUGUGUCUACACACGGAUAUGCACCUCCGACAUAUUAUUGAGUAAUAUAAAACUUUUAUAAAAUAUACGUAUUAAAUUUUUUAGUAUUAAAGUUUUUUUUAUAAAAUAC